AUGAGUCUCCCUCCGAAUAUUGUGGACUUCCUCUUUGAUAAUGGUAACUUUGAUCACAUAUUAAAGAAAAUCUUUCGCAGUCUUGAUGGCAACAGUUUGGCCAGUGUAGAAGCCACCAGUCGCCGUUGGAAAUCAUUCAUUCGUCAACAUAUUUGGUGUGACGCCACGGCCAAAUUGGAACUUGACGAGGCUUGGUCCAAACACAUCCCUACAUUUUCCGUCAAGUUUCAUCGCUCCAAGUUGGUCUCUUUGGCUUGUUCCGCCCAAUACAUCGUGGGAGGAGAGGAAAUGUCUGGUAACUUGGUGGUCUACAAUCGGCAAGAGAUUGUACGGACUCGUAUUAACAUGUCCCACAUUAUCGGCUCAGGAUCAGUUCCAAAGCUUAAUGAUGGCAUUCGACCUUUGUUCUUGACCAGUGCUCAUCUCAAGACAGUUACAACGGUAUGCCUGAGUGGUGAUCUACUCUUCACCGGGUCUUUAGACGGGUCUAUUCGAGCAUGGGAUAUCACAAAAGGAUUGCUCCUGAAAACCAUCAUUAAGGACAACAAAGAGAUCCAUGACCUCAAGGUCAAGUCCAAGCAACUGUUUUUCACUUUCGGGUUUACCAUCAUGGUCUACAACUUAUCCGAAGGACCCGACGGGGACCUAACAGCCGUAGUCAAGACCAUGCUCGUUGGGCAUAAAGGUCCUGUUUUAUCCUUGGCCAUCAACCAGCAGCAAACGAUGGCCAGUGCUUCGGGGGACAAGACGGUCAUUCUCUGGAACAUCAAACAAUGCAAAGUGAGCAGGACCCUGAUUGGGCACAAGGCUAUAGUACGCUGCGUCGCCAUUAACCAGGAUUUUUGUGCGUCGGGCUCUUUCGACCGCACGUGUCGGAUUUGGUCCCUUGCGACGGGUUCUUGCGUACGAGAGAUUCAACAAGAGCUAUCCGUCCGUAGCAUCACUAUGAACCAAUACCGUUUGGUGACUGGAGACACUGGCGGGUAUGUGUUUAUCUGGUCGUUACCCAAUUGCGUGGAUGACUCCAAAGGACCCGAUAAGCUUUGUUGGAGAGCUCAUAAUGCUAUUGAUAGCGACAGACCCAUGAAAGAGCCACACAGAGCCGUUUACGGAGUCCACAUGGAAAAUGGAGUUCUCAUUACAUUGGCCGGUCAAAAUGGACGGAUUGGUGUCCAAGAUUUCUGGGAUAACAUCGGCCCAGAUGUUUUUAAACUGGAGUCCUACGUCAUUUGAAAGCUGAGAUUAUUGGCCUUCGUUUAUCUGGUAACAAACUAUUGAGUUGUGCCGGUCUUCACCUCUGAAAUAUCUGUCCGUUAUAUUUCUAGAGGUCUCCUGAGGUCAAUUUAGGGCGUA